AUGCUUGUGCUAGAAGCCAAAAAGUACCUAAAUCAUUAUGAUAGAGAUUUAUCAAUCCAAAAAUUUAAAGAAUAUCAAGUUGAAGAGGAUUACACAUCUUUCGGUAUUGAAAGAUAUCAAAGAAAAUUACCAACAGAAGAAAACAACCUCAUUCCUAAUAAAAAAGAAGAUAUAAACCAUGUAAAGCCACAAGUUAAAAGAAAGAACCUUGCUGUAAAGAAGUGAGUAUCUCUUAAAUCGGCAUUGACUGAUAAUGCAGCAUCAUCUAUUGCUUUCAGAACUCGGAGUGCAUCAAAAGUAGCAGAUGUAGAAUUGCAAACGAAAAGAAGAAGAAAAGAAGCAAAAGUAGUCCCACCUCAAAAAAAGCCUAAAAUAGAAAAUACUAACUUCCCCCCUCCGUGAGUGACAAAACCAUUAGAAAAAUCCCUAUUUUUUGCCCAAAAACCACCCCUCCGUGAGUGAACAAAAAUUGUUUUAAUAGAAACAAUUUUGAUAUAUAAGUGAUAAUUAGUAUAAUGAAAUCUCGAGCUAAUUCUGUUUAAUUUAAACAAAUUGCAUUUUAAAACAUAAAUUUUAUAAAUUAAAUUAAUAUUUGCUUCCCAUUUUUUGCAAAUUAGGAUUUUUUUAAAAAUUUCGAAAAAAAAAAUUUUCUAUAAAAUUUAUAUAUAAAUUUUUUUAAAAAAAAAAUUAACCCCCUCUGUGAGUGAACAAAAUUUUUUUGUUCACUCACGGAGGGGGGAGGGAGUAAGAAUAAACCUGCUAAAACCGAAACAAAAAAAGCAUUGAAAUUAAGCAAAAUGAAAUCCGCAGAUAUUGGUUCUGAAGUAGAAAAAAUAAUACAUUUGCAAAAUACUGAUGGAUUUUGGGAUUUAUCCACCAAUUUAUCAGAGAUGGUAAAUAGCAUGCUUGGCCAUGAUUUGGAUAUUUCAACAUUGAGCAAGAAAUCAAUAACUGCUUUAAUUGUUGCCCUUUUUAAGGAAAAAUGCGAAGACUAUAAAUAUUUAUGGGAUCUUGUAGUAGAGAAAGCUAAAAGGUGGCUUAGAAGAAAUAAGCAGAAGCUGAUCAAACUUUCAAUUUUUGAGCUUGUUUUAACCUUAAAAGAAUAA